AUGUUAGCAUGGGAAUCAUUCUCACUUCAUCACUAAGCAAAUGAAGGCUCACUGUUUAGGUAUAUAGUUAAGCAAACCGAAAAGGUAACAGUUAAUUUGAUAAGUUGUUGGUUGUGUGAACUGAUGAUUCCUAAGAAAAUUAUUACUCUUGUAAAGUACUGAAUAUGCUGUUUCAAAUGUUUGAAGCUGUCGGGUGAAUCCGCAGCGAACUGCAUAGUUUUUCCGACCUAGUCUAUUCCCAUUGUGUACGGUUGAAAAUAUUACCGUGUGAUGUUACAAUGACACUGUCCCCUAAAGAAACUGUAACAAUGCAGGAGGUACGUCGCAUAGCAACAUCGUCCCAUAGCAACCCCAGCGAGUUGCUUUGUGAAGGUGCGCACUGCCCAUCCAGAUUUUUCGACGUAGUGGCUGGAGAUUACCAUGUGAAAAGUCAAUUAUAUUAAGGAAAAAUAACCAGAAACUUUAAAAGUAGUUUCUGUUUAUUGUUUUUUUCACAACUGUUGGCCUCUUUUGCACUAUGACCACACUGCUUUCCGUGGUUUCGGGGGCAGAGAGGAACGCCUACCCAACUCUCUCCCAGUUGUCCGAAAACGAUGUGGUUAAAAUUUGGACAAACGUGUCGUCAUUUAUCGAGCGACAGAUGUCCAUGCAAAAGGGGGUGUGCAUUCCUGGUCUUGGAUCAUUCACCUUUUCCCAGCAGAAGCUGGAAGUGGGCAACAAAUACAUCCUCAUCCAGCGACCGGUCUUUCUUUUAUCCGAGAAACUCUGUCAGUCCUACUGCCUCAAUCAGACCAAACCUCUUGCCGUAGCAGGGGACGUGCCGGUGGUGCCGCUCAACUUCGCAGCCGUGUCGGCAGAGAGCCCUUUUGACCGGGACAGCGUGGAGGGCUGCGUGCGGGAGACACUCCUCCUGCUGCUCCGUGCCGUGUCCACGCUCCGCACCGUCCUGCUUACCUUCCAAGGCAUCGGCAUUCUUACCUUUCAACACAGGAAGGUCAAGAUGAGGUUCCACCAGGACUUCAUCUCCGCCAUGGAUGGAACCGGGACGCUUCUGUGGGCUCUGACCAACAGACCUGGAACAAGCAUCUCUGUAGUCUCAGGGAGACUCUCAAGCCUCCAGCGACCAGCAACCAGAAAUGCCGUCUUGCUCCCCAAGUUCUCCUCAGUCAAUUCACCUGAAGAAGGGAAUGAGGGCUUCACCCCAGCAGCUGAGCCUUGUGACGGAGAGAAAGAGAAAGGGAGAAAGACCAAGCUCUUAGCACAACCCAAGUCCAGGCCACCUACAGCCAAAACAACCACAGUCAACACUACAAAUGACCCAGAGGCCAAGGGUCCAUCAGAUAUUGUGGAAAGGCAUGCUAUGUCCCAUCAACCACCAGAGGGCGAUGUUGACAAAGAGGAAGUGAAAGGGCCAGAUACCCGCCUUAAUCUGAUCUGCACCAACCACUCCCGAGCCGGACAGGAGCUCUGUUAUCUAUGUAUGCAGCGAGCCCAGCGUAACAUACCCCUGUAUCUGGCGGAGGAGAGGCGACGGGAGGAGCAGGAGGAGGAGAAAGCCCUGCUGUUCAGUGAGCAACAGAGAGUGGAGCAAUUCCUACAAAGAGAACAGGCUAGAGAGGAGCAGAAGCGGGAGGACAGUAAGAAAAUGGCAGCUUUUAAUCUGGGGAUCACUGAAGCACUGAGAGCAAAGAAGGCAGAAAAGCCCUCCCAGGUUGAGGACUCGUACAUCUUCAGGGAUCGCCUGGUCACUCCACCUAGGCUCCCAAUGCAGAGGCAUUACAUGCAGGAGCUGAUGGAACAGGUGGCCAGUAGGAGGCAGCAUUGCACACACAGCCGCCAAGACCAGGACCUGAUUGAGCGGCUGCACCAGGUUCAGAUCACAGACGAGAUCACUAAGCAGAGGUCUCAGGAACUUCACCAGAAAAAGAGCAAUGUCAAGAUCCUCCAGAAGGCCCUGAGUGCCCAACUGGAGAACCGGAGCAUGGGGAUCCCCGCGCGGCAGCCCGACUCGGAUGGCCCUGUGUUUGGCGUGCAAGAUGAUAUCCAUUCUGCACAGGCCAAGCAGUGGCAGAGGGCACGAGCAACCUAUGGCGAGCAGCUGGCAGCGGUCAGUGCCAGGAAGAGACUGGCACUGUGUGAGCACCUCGACCAGCACAGGAGGGAGCGAGACAUGCUGCAGCGCUGCCGCAAGGAGCUGAUCGCCGACCGGGUCAGCCGCUACGAGAGGCUCCGGAACCUGCGGGCCUCGCUGGAGGAGUCAUGGAGCCACAGUGCUAACCAGAAGUGUCUCCAGGACCAGGAGGAGAGAGCAUUCCUCAGGGCGGGGAGCAGACUGCUACUGGACCAGUGUGAGCAGUACCGCCGCUGCUGCCAGUGCAAGAGAAAGACCAGCCACUGUGGGCAGAGCAACAUCUGGAAGGAGUCACGCUACAUCCCUGGGUCCCAGCUGAUGAUGUAGCAGUGGACCAUUGAAUAACCAUCUAGAAUAUCUAGAUGGUGUAGCAGUGGACCAUUCAAUAACCAUCUAGAAUAUCUAGAUUGGUUAUCUAGAAUAACCAAAACCAAAUGGCUCUCUGACUCUGACAUGAUCUGACUGAUCCUGAAAACUAUAAGUCUUUACCUUAAAACCUAAAAGCCUUGAAAAACUUGAAUGUUGCUUCAUCUGUUCAUCUCUGGUGUGCUGGGGAGGGAGGGGGGCUGUUAGCACCCACUGUCUCUGAAGUCUUUCAUGAUCAUGGUCAUGUCAACUCUCAGUUCAUAGAAAGUUACACUUCCCUCUUAAUGGCUACCAACAUGACAUAACAUGAAAUAUAUGACACACAAUACAACUGGAUUUUGGAUAGACUACUUUUAUUUCUAUUUAAACAAAAUACUUCUAAUCUCUAGAAGGGCUGGUGGUUGAGCUUUAGAAAGGUAUCCAUCUGAUAAAAAUAUGAAGUCUGAGGGAUUCUGGAAAGCAGCUGAAAGCCAUUUGGCAGUUUAAGGUGGUUGCAAUGAGGCAAGGAACAAAGCAUGCAGCUGGCUUUAAUAAAUUAUAGGAGAGAAUAAUCUGCUUUUAUUUGGUGAUGACAUGAAAUGGGUACAUUUCACUGAACUGCUGCAUUCACUCAUAAUCUCAUUGCACAAUUGUAAAAGUUGAAGUUAAUCAUACAGAUAUAAUUUUACAAUUUUUUCUGAAGCUGAUAUUUGCACUAAAUGCAUU